GAGCCUGUGAAGGGGGUGUUGCUAACCAGCCGGCCCAGGCCAGUGUAGGGGAGCUUUUAGGGCCGGGAGUCACGUGCUGGGUCCCCCGGAAGAGGAGGCGCUGCUUUCCGGGGCUGGCUUGGCGUCUCUGGGGGGCGUGGUCAGCAGCUGCCCCUCAGGAGGGAGAGGGUCUGCGGUGCUCAUCCGCUGAACGCAGAUUGGGUAGCCCCAGGCCAGCGCUAGAGGAGCAGCAGGAGGAGGAGCGGAGGCAGGGAGGUGGGAGGAGCGUGCGCAGAGGCGUGGGAGGCCUGAGGAGUAAGCGGCUGGACGUGGACCCUGAGAGCCACUGGCAGGGAGGUGGGGGUCUUCCCAGUUGGGAAGACACCGUGGCCCCGGUGCCCUACGAGACGCUGAACAAACGCUUUCGCGCCGCUCAGAAGAACAUUGACCGGGAGACGAGCCACGUCACCAUGGUGGUGGCCGAGCUGGAGAAGACACUGAGCGGCUGCCCUGCCGUGGACUCCGUGGUCAGCCUGCUGGACGGCGUGGUGGAGAAGCUCAGCGUCCUCAAGAGGAAGGUUGGUCCCGCCCGGCGGUCCCUCUUUGGCCGGGGGCACGGACACCCCUUUUGUCUUGAAACUGAGGCCUAAGACAGGCAAGCUGCUAUGGUGGGAAUGUGGGAGGUGUGGUUGGGGGCCCUCUUCCCUGCUGCUUGCCUUCUGGGGCCACUGUCGGCUGAGCAGGCCAGCUUGCUGUUCCUGUAGGGACCGUGUUGUCUCGUUCCAGGAAUGUCCAGAGCCCAGGCCACAGGGAGGCCAGGAUGUACAGCAGGUUGAUUGAUU